AUGCGCUACACACUUCGGCGUUCGUGCACUGCCUGCGCCCGAUCAAAACACAGCUGCGACCUCGGCACGCCUCGCUGCUCUCGCUGCGUCAAGCGCCAGGUGCAAUGUGUCUAUGCAAACGAGCCAUUGACCGCACCAGCAACAUUAGACCAUUCCGGCACAUCCGCCCCCUUAACUGCCGGCUACAGGUUCGCAUCUGUCGACCCGUUUGACUCCUACCCUCCAACAAGGCUGCCUCGGGAACAUGUUCAACGGCUCAUUCACAGCUUCCUCCAUAAGAUUGCAUUCCAGUAUUAUCCCCUCGAUCCCAAUGCGGCCACGAACCCCUUUCUCGUCUCGUGGUGGCCAAUAACAUUGACGGACCCGGCCUUGUUUCACGUCUCUCUGCAAACAGCAUGCCUUGACGAGGAGCUGCUGGCCCGGAGGGGCUUUCGCACGUCGGACCUGCUCAUGGUCGACUCGGUGGCUCUGCUUCGACGUAAAGUCGACGACACCUCACUCGCCGUCCAAGACGGAACCAUGAAUUCUGUCAUCACCCUGGCAACCAUUGAAUUUGGUAAAGGCAAUAUCGAGGUUGCCCAGAUGCACGUUGACGGUGUCAAGAAACUCGUCGACUUGAGAGGGGGUAUCAAGGCAGUGAGGCAAACAAGUCCACUUACUGCAAGGAUGGUUAGCUGGGUAUCGAUGCUUAUCAUGGGUCAUCCCCAAUUCGACACCCAAGACGAUGCUGGCAUAGGUCACGGCAUACCUCCUAUUCCAGAAUGGCAGCUCGAUUCGGCCACUCUUGAACACGCUGUACCCAUAGCCGACAUCACCGUUUUAAACGUGGAUUACGAUGUCCGAAAUGUCUUCAUACGCCUCCGCAGCGUCUUCCAGCGAGCCGGACGGGUACCCUUCCCCACCACGCAGCUUCACGACCUGACAUGCUUCGUCAUACACCGCCUUCUACUCUCAGCCCCGGACUCAACAAGCCCAGCGUCGUCCCCACUCACCGAAUGUGUCCGCUACGCAACCGUACUCUACAUGUUUAUCAUACAAGGGCCGACCUAUUUCUCCCACGCAGUAAUAUUCAACCAGACUCUGGAUAAGCUUAUGAAGCACCUCCAGCGUCUAGAGUCGACUCCGAGUGUGACUUUGUCGCUUGGUGUCUGGUUGCUGGCAGUUGGGAUGGUGGCCUCAAGCGGCACACCACACUACCAAUGGUCAACGAGGAUGGCAAGGGACACAGCCGAGUCUCUGAUUCUCUGCACUUGGAACGAAGCAUCCGUCCACGUAAAAAGCGUACUGUGGUUGGAGACGCAGCAAGCGGAGCACAUCUUCCGGCCUCAUUGGGAUGCAGUACUCAACGGUCAGCCAAAUCCAUCAGACUGCCCGGCUUACACCUCGCCAGGGAGCUGUAGCGCAGGAUUCAUAUCAUGA